GAAGAGCAGCGACUAGGAGCCAGCAGACACAUACUGAUACGCAGCUGCGACCGUUGGAGGAGAGGGAAAAAUAAUAAAUAAAAUACAGAGCGCGACUUUCUGAAAGUACGAUUCUGUCGAAUGAAUACGAUUACAGUGUUUAAAGAGACCAAUGCAUACGAUAUAUUGGCUGUAGACACGCCGUGCAGACAACCAGUCUGGUAGCUAUAAACAGUGAAGUGGUGCAAAGGGAGGAGGACAGGAAAUAAAGGAGUUACCUGGAGGGUCUCCGUCAAUCCACAUUUCAGUUGGAGCGAGAGAAAAAGGCACAGAGGGGGAGAGAGAGAGAAAGGGGAAGAGGAGUGCGAGUCGCGUCUGCUCUUGGCAGCUGUUCCAGCAGCCUGUUUCAUUCUUUCGGCUGUUAUUUCGUUCCUGCGUUACCUUUUUGAUGAAUCAGUUCAUAUUUUUAACUUUAAUGUGAGAUAUAACUGCUGUAAAAACAAAAAAAAAAGAAAACAUUAUUACUAGCAAGAGUGUUUUAUUUUGUUCCAUUGUUAAUUUCCAAGGUUCUUUUUGUUUCUUUUUUUAUGUUUAACAACCUUUUUCGGCUGUGAGUAGCAGGAGCUUCCAUUCUCCAAACUAUUGUCAAACCCCCUUCCUUACCUAGUUAGGACCUGAUAACCUGGUAUUCCUCAAGCACCUGAAACUGGCAGCUAUUCUCUUUGUGUCUGUGUGUUUGGGGAGCUCUGUGACCACAGCUUAAGCACCACUCAGCCUUCUAGUCACCUAAGCCUAACUAAAGCAAGCCAGCUCUAGCCUGGUCCAGCCCAGUCCAGCCUGCUCCGAUCAUCUGGACAGGAUACUCAGUUCUGUGUGGACGUGAGGAAUAUGACUGCUGAGACUCUCAACUUCGGCCCAGAAUGGCUCCGUGCACUGUCCAGUGGGGGGAGUGUGACAUCCCCCCCUCCUUCCCCCGCCAUGCCAAAGUACAAGCUGGCCGAGUACCGCUACGGCCGAGAGGAGAUGUUAGCACUUUAUAUCAAAGACAACAAGGUCCCAGAGGACAUGCAGGAUAAGGAGUUUGCUGCUAUUCUGCAAGAUGAGCCCAUGCAGCCACUGGCACUGGUGCCUCUCACCGAGGAGGAGCAGAGGAACUUCUCCAUGUCUGUGAACAGUGUGGCGGUGCUGAGGCUCAUGGGAAAAGGGGUGGGUGGGGCCGUCCCAGCUGGAGUGGUCCGAGGACGCGGGGCCACACGAGGCGGUCGAGGACGAGGUCGUGGUGAAGGUGGAUUCUACCAAAGAAGUAUUGAAGAUGCGGAAGUGGGUUUUGGCCGCAGUGUGCGAGAGAUACACCGCAGCCAGAGCUGGGAUGACCGGGGUGAGCGUCGUUUUGAGAAACCGCUGCGGCGGGAGGUGGGGCGUCCUGGCUUUGAAGAGUCUGCAGGUCCCGGGGGUCCAGGGAGGAAGGAGUACACAAGGGCUGACAGCGAUAACUGGCGCACCCUUCGGGAGGAACAGGACGAGGACGAGGGGGAGCCAGGCAGCAACUGGAGACUCACUGGACCCCGCAGGGAUGAUGGUGGUCCUCGCUCAGCAGGCUGGCGAGACCAUGCCGGUCCAGGCGAAAGUCGUCGGAGGAAGUUUGAUUUCGACUUCCGGGACUCUGAGGGUCACAGUGGUGGCCGCCGACGUGCAGGCAGUGACGGACUAGAGGACGACAGGGACGGCCUGCCCGAGUGGUGUACGGACGAGGAGGACGGGGAGAUGGGCACUUUCGACUCCUCUGGAGCUUUCAUGCCCAUUAAGAAGGGUGGCAAGGAGACAAUCCUGGAGGAGGAGUUGGAGUUUAAGGGGAUAGAAGAAGAGGAAGAAGAGGAGGGCCUUGCUGAUACUGAGAGGAACAGUGUUGAAGGAGACAAAGACAAGGAGAGUAAGGAAAGUGGCUCUGCUGUAGGGGAUGGUGAGACAAAGCCAGCAUCACCCUCCUCCUCUCCUCCAGUCCACUGCACCCCUUCGUUCCCGGAGCCUCGACCCAGCAACGCUGGCCCAGUGGCAGACAACCUUCAGCUGAACAACAGCCACCCUGUCAAGGCCAGCAGCACACCCAGCGAAGACAUGGCUCCGGUAGGGGGCUCCAAGGCCCAGCUGAGCCCCAGCUCUGUCGCCUCCUCCAGUCUGCCUCCCCCUCCCUCUUCCACUGCCGUUCCUCCCCUCCCUCCAUCUGGUGGAGACGCAGAGGAUGAUGAGGGCAUGAAGCACCUGCAGCAGGAGGCAGAGAAGAUGGUGGCAUCACUGCAGGACACUUCUUUGGAAGAGGAGUGUUUCACCCAGGCUCUGCAGCAGCAGGAGAGCAGGAACACAGCAGCUGCUCUGCCACUGUCACAUGAGGCAGCCAUGAAGUGGUUCUACAAGGACCCACAGGGAGAGAUCCAGGGCCCAUUCACCACAGUGGAGAUGUGCGAGUGGUUCCAAGCUGGCUACUUCACCAUGACCCUGCUGGUGAAGCGGGGCUGCGAUGAGGGCUUCCAGCCUCUGGGGGACGUCAUCAAGAUGUGGGGCCGUGUGCCCUUCGCCCCAGGGCCCUCCCCGCCGCCCCUGCUGGUGAGACAGCCACCACCAACGCAGCGCCCGCAGCCCACCCGGGGGCCCGCCGGGACUGUGAGUCAGAGCUCAGCCAACGUAGAGGAUGGGGAAGGGAGGAUGCAGAGGAGAGGGAAGAUUGAUAGACAGGUCACGGGAAACCUGGACCAGGAGCGCCUGAAAAAGCAACAGGAGCUGGCAGCAGCAGCAGCUCUUUAUCAGCAGCUCCAACAGCAGCAGCUAUUCCAGCUCAUUAACAGGUGCAGUGAGCAGGGUAUGAUGCCUUCGAUGAACAGGUCGAUGUCAGUGCCAGAUACAGGGUCCAUGUGGGACAUGCAUACCUCAGCUUCACAGCCGUCAGGCGGUGAAGCCAGUCUUUGGGACAUAACAAUGAAUCCUUCUACUCAGGGUCCAACUCUCGAACAGCUUCAAAAGCUCCAGCAGGAGAGGCGAGACGCUGAACUCAGGGCGAAGCGUGAGGAGGAGGAGCAGCGUAAGAGGAGGGAGGAGAAGAGGAGGCAACAGGAGGAACAGAAGAGGAGGGAGGAGGAGGAGCUCUUCAGACGCAAGCAGUGUCGUCAGCAGCAGGAACUGAUCAUGAAGUUACUGCAGCAGGCCCCCCAGCAGCAAGGUCCUGGAGCAGGUGGUUCAGGCUGGAGUGGGGCUCCCUCCUCUGGGCUCGCCAAGGCAGGAAAGCCCCCGGCUCUGGCUCUGCUGGAAAUGCAGCAGGAGGCGGAGAGGCUCCUGAAGCAGCAGCAGCAACAGAGAGCCCAGCAGCAGAGAGACCGCCAUUCCGGCAUGUCGAUGGGGAGCUCCUCCAUGGGAGGGCAGUGGGUGGAUGGUGUUGGUAUGUGGGGCGGGCCUGGAGGAAUGGAGGGUAAGGGUGGCAGUGGAGGCUCUUCAGGCAGCAUGGGCAUGUGGGACGAGGCUGUGAAGAACCAAUCUGGCCUCCGUGGCAACAGCAACAACAACAUGGGCUUGAAGAACAGCCGCAGCAGUCCUUCACUCAGUGAUCAGUACAUGAUGCGUCGUAAGCGUACGGAGGAGGAGGAGAAACUGCUGAAGCUGCUGCAAGGCAUGAAGCCUCAGGACGGCUUCACCACCUGGUGUGAACAGAUGCUGCACGCUCUCAACACCUCUGCCAACAACUCCUCCUCCUCUCUGGAUGUUGCCACAAUUGUGGCAUACCUGAAGGAGGUGGAGUCUCCCUAUGCAGUGCUGGACUUCAUCCGGUCCUACCUAGGGGACACAGUGGAAGCCAAAGAGUUCGCCAAACAGUUUCUGGAGCGACGUGCCAAACAGAAAGCCAACCAACAGAGACAGCAGCAGCAGCAGCAGUUAUCAAAGGAUGUGGCUGGAUUGAACAUGAACUUCCCUCUGCAGGACUCAAUGCGAGGUAUGAAUCCAAACACCCUGCAGUCCAUGUUUCAAGCCAACCACAUGGGCAAGGCUGGUCUCUAUGACAACCAGGGGGGAAAGAUGAAGAAGAAACAGCCCAUGAUGCUGCACUCUGACCCCAGCAUCCUAGGGUACUCAUUCCACAAUGCGGGCGAGUGUCUGAGCCUGAAUGAGAUGGAGAUGGUGGAGGAUUACUGAUGUGACGCAGCGCAGCAGCAAUAGCUACCUGAGGCCUUCUGUCUUUUAAUCAGACAAACCUGAUGACGAAUGUGCACUGCUGGGGGAACCGGGGGAUGUGGGUAGGAACUGAGCAAGUGUGAGGGGAGGUGCAGGGUGGAGGCGCCUGGAUCUGCGCCUUCCACUCUUUCCUUCCCUUUGGCAAGAAAAAAAAAGGGCUCCCUGCUGCACCAGUUGAUCACUUGAGCACGGGAGAGGGUGGUGAGGAGGGACAAGGUUAAAAGGAAGAUGGGUAUCCUCUGGCACUCAAAAGAUUAAGCACCUUAUACUGAACUAAUGCACUUUAUUGAGAUGGGAUUUGAAUAGUUUUUUUUUUUUUUUUUUUCCUUUUUUUGUGUGUGUGUGCGUGAAUGUGUGUGUGUUGGGAAUCAGUGCGCAUAUACGGUUUGUGUACAUACACAUCUGCGUGCAUGUGCAUCGGAACUGGAAGGGGGUUGAUGAAAUAGUCGGUGGGGUGAACAGUCGGGCUGUUUUCAAAGUCAGGGGGACCUUUAGUUGAAACCUUAUCAGAGAGCAAAUCCUUUCUCAAAAGACAAACACUGUUGAUAUUUCUCUUGUUUAGCAUUUUUUUUACGUUUAUAUAAAAAGUAAAGCUAUCGAAAAAUGGAUUAUAAAAAAACUUGAAGAUUUGCACUUGCCUAAAAAAGAAAUGAGAAAAAAAAAAAAAAAAUCAAACAAAUGGGGUUAGUUAUAGAAGUGAAUAUUUUUGUGAAUGUGUAUGAAUGACUGUGAGAGUGACCGAUGUGUGAUGGUUGGUUUGUAUCAGUAAUAUACCAGUCUGCACAAUGUUUUUGUUUCUUUCUUUUGUUGCUUACCAACACGUAUGAAACAUAAGAGGCCAUUUUUGUCUUUUUUGUUCAAAUGGUAAUUUUGUAUUCUCAUGUUUAGAGAGUGUGUUUGUGUUUCCCUUCUCCAAACAGGGACUUGAUCUGUAUGUUUUGAGAGAGAGUGAAUGAAUGAAUGAAUGAAUGAGAGAGAGAGAGAGAGAGAGAGAGAGGGCAAUUGCACAACACAUCCUUUCUCUCACCAGCUCUUCAUCCCCAGAUAGACGAAAUAGAAAUGCAUACAUUCGUAAAUGUUAGCUUUGCGCUCAUCACAUGAUGACCACCACUAGUUUAUUUCCCUUAGCUUCUCCAUGCGGGGAGCUGUCUCUAGACCUGUGAGGACUAGCAAACAGGGCAAAUCAUGAGGGACAUUACUGUGUGUGCAUCAGAAUGAGACUGUGUGUGUGUGUGUGUGCAUGCGUGUGCGUGUGUGUUUUUCAGUGUACAUGUUCAUUUACUGUUCAUAGAAAUGAGUUAAGACUACAGGUACUCAUUUUGAAUACAUGUGCUUUUUUGUAUGUGUAUGAAUGCACAUUUGUGCCUAAGAACUUUGAUAGGGUGCGUGGCCAUUGAGACAUUAACUCUUUUUUGAGAGCGAGUGUAAUGUGUGUCAGUGCUCAGCACAGUGUAUGUAAAGUAUGUAAGUUUAUAUCGUAAAUAUUUCUAGUUCAGUCUAGGGGUGAUCCAUCGGAAGGUUAGUCCAGUCUGUUUUCCUGGGGUGUGAUCACGUUGCCUUUUGUCAGCUCUCGAACUUGUGAAUGAAAGGUGUCGAGUUUCUGACUCUGAAAAAAAAAAAAUACAGCAUCUUAAUGUGCAAGUGCACAGAACGGUGCAUGAAAUGUUAGCAUAUUGUGUUACUUAUUCGUUGUUGCAAUUUGAUAAUGACGAGUUUUCUUUUUUUAAUGAAAAAUAUAUAUGAAUAUAUACAUUAUAUACAAAGUUUAAAAAGUAUUUGGACUAAGAUAAUGAGCACUUGGGGCUGCUAUUUUUGUUGUGUGUUUUAAUUUUUUUCCCUUAAUCUGUUUUUCAUUUUUGUUUCAUUAUCGCCAUGUGAAGUGUGUCUAUUAUUUCUUUCUUAAGAAAAUAUUGAAUGUAUUCCAAAAAAAUGACAAGAAACCCGUGCUGAUACCAGAUAUUAUUUUUUUUUCCUCAGAAGAUUUCAAAAAUGGAAACAAAAUACAAAAAAGCUUCAAAGAGUUUAGCAAGGACUUUUUUUUUAACACAGCGGAGAAGAAAAAAAACUUGGGAUGGAUACAGUUGAACACACUGCCUCUACAAUUCUGGUCGUUCAAAUAGUGACUAAGAAUUAAAAGAAAGGACUCUUUCUAUUCCAUACUGGAGCUUUGGUUGUUUACAAACCACAUUGAUAUCUGUGGGUGCAGUUUUGUUUUUUUGUUUGUUUUGUUUCAAUUUUUUUGUUUGUUUUUUGUUUUUUUGCUCCCACAUAAGACGGGUGGGGUUUGCAAGUGCGCUUCUGCCAUAUGGACAUUGAGUGGUGUUGGUUUGAGGUAGAGUUGCAGGCAUCACAACAUGGACAAGAUCCUCUAACUGGACCGUUGUGUGUGGUUGUGGAUCCUGAGACUUGAUCAACCGUGGAGCGCAGGCGUGAAAAUCAAGGAUGGGCUCUUUGUGGAGAACGGAGUGCAGGGCUGCAUAACCCUAGAGGGAACUGAGAGGGCGAUAUGAGUACACCUGCUUAGUGCACUUGUCUUCACCUCAACCCUCAUGUGCACUCACACCCUGCCCUCACCAACUCACCUAUGCACUUUUGUUCAUUCAAGCUGUGAGGUACCAUUGUGGGGAUGGGAGCACAAUUACAACAGGAGGAUUGCUAUGACUUUGACAAAGUCACCGAAAAGAUAUUCCCAAACUGAAAUAAGAGACUCGAGAAGCCCGUCUUCUCCCACCUCCUGUAUAUAACCAUAUUUUUGUAUUACCUUUCAGAAUAGAAAGAAAAUUUGCAAAUGGAUGAAGGAAAAUUCAUGAGACAUUGAUUAUAUGGAGUGAAUGUUCUUCAAGAAAAUCAAUCUUUUUGAAUAUAGUUUGAGAUAGACUCGCUGUGAGUUUCCCUUAGUUUGCCAGUAACCCUGAAAUAAGCGGGGAUGGAAGGGAAACCCACAUGGACUGAGGUGUCGAACACGUGGCUCCAAGACUGACUGAUAGUUACUCAUCAAAAUGGAUGUUGCAGUCACUACAAAGAGCCCCACCAAGAGUGUUUGAUCAAUAUGACAGUAGAAGAGGCAGACAUUGGUUUGAAGAGCUGUUGGCAAGGACACUUCCACUUCAUCUCCCAACCUGAUGACUGCCUUGAGAGCUGUAGAGUGACUGCAAGAGGAAAAGUCCUUGGCAUUGGAGUCUGGCUGUGCUUUAUUUGCUGCCCUCUGCAAGGAGGAUCUAAUCUACAGCCAACCCAUGAACCAGUUAACCCUAAAUAUGUCCUUUUUGAACUUAAACCCCAAGAAACUUUUCUGUCUUGACCUCGGACUGGGCAGGCUGUUGGCAUUAUCAGUUGGACAGUUACCAGAUGACGUUACAGGUUUAUCGACCAUGGAUCCCAUCUGUGUUGGAAGUGUUAGGGUUUGGAUUUGAUCAGGCGCUCUCCAGCAAGGAGGAAAAGGAGGCACGUAUUGCCCAGAUGUCAUCACCCACCUCAGCCUGAAACUCUCAGGUGGCUGCAUGGAGGUCUUCUAACCAGCGGGACAGAAGACCUGCCCUCCUGCCCAGACGUCAGAGACUGAGAGCUGGGUUGGGUUACGGCGGACGUGGCUGGAUUACAUCGAAGUCACCAGGAAUCCCUGCAGCUGUGGAACUGGAUGAACUGAAAGAAUUGUACAAAACAAAAAGACUUAAAACAUGACAAGACACAAACACAUAGCUACAUGUCACAUAGAUCCUAGAGUCCAAAGGAGUUGCAGACACACUACAUGCACACCUACAACAAAUAUACCUACAACAAGUAUACAUUGGCUCUCCUCUGGAACCAUGUCUGCACACAUUUUAGGGCUACAUCAAUAUCAAAUCACACCGUCACACACACAAGCGUCAACGCUCAUCAGUAUAAACGCUGAGCUUUGUAAAUAAUGUAAAAGUUUGUGUUCUGAUUUCUCUCUCAUAGUGGGUUUUGCUUUAUUUCUUUGUUCGACAUGCCUUAAAUUGUAUAGUUGAGUCCUGAACGGCUAACUGAAAAUGUUCUCUAAAUGAUAAAUUUAAGUUGGAAAUCACCUGGUUGACUGUCCUCUAAAGUCAAAGAAAGAAAGGAGCUUUCUACGACACCGUUUUCUGUUGGCUAUCAGAACCGUCUGUUCUGUAUUAACCUGAUACAUGUACCACCAUGAUAUUUACAAGUUAGCAACAGAAUAGAGCAGCUCUUUGAUUAAUCUGAUUUUGCUGGUGGUUGGCUUUUUUUGCCCUUUUGGUUUCCUUAAAAUGAAGAGUGGAUUUGUUCAGAUUUCCUGUUUAGAUUAUUGCUGAAGGUGCAGGCUUAAUAAAGGGCUGAAGUCUGUACUGUCAGGAGCUGAGCUGACUGGGGGGAAUUCGCAGGAUUGGCGUAAAGCACAAACUUGCUGUGCCAUAACUAUUGUUGGAUAUACAGCUCUAGGCAAAAUGGAACCAGAGUGACAGGUCCGCCUCACAUUAAGAUAAAAGUCAGGGUUUUUGGUUUUUUUUACACUCCGGGGGACUUGUUUGUGGAAGCUUCAAGUGCUUUUUACAGUUUUGAGAUGUCAAAUCAGGCUUGUAUUAGAAGCAUGAUCGUUAGAGCAAGCUUGCAUGAUGAUAUUUGUGCAUUUUGGCACUAAACCUUGAGGUUUGAAACUUGAAACUUGACCCAGAUUGCCUCUGUUUUGUGCACCUGGUAGGACUGCCGACCAUUUGAUGGUAGUGAAUAGAUAAGGAAUCAAACAGUCAGUUGUGUGUUAUCUGAGAGGAAUUUCCACCUGCGGAAGAUUUGGAAAGUAUCUUGUUCCAUGUAUGUAUAUCUAAUUGGAUUUGAGAGAUUAAUGCUUUUAGUCACCCAGUUGUUUUUUUGUGUCCUUGAUAACUAAAGAAUAUGCAGUUUUUAAUCUAAAUGGCAACUGAUAUUCAUUGACUAGUAUCAGUUUAGACUUGUAAUACAUGCACACAUAUUGUUUAGCUGAGGUAUUGGUUGUUAGUUGCCUGCUAUAGCUAUAUCUUUGUUAACUGAGGUCGCCACAGUAGGCACAGUAUGUCAUUACUAUUGAAUUGAUGUUGAAUUAAUACUAAAUGGUUACUAAGUUUAAUAUUGUAAUAGGUUGGCAAAACAAAGAAAUUGACUUUGACCAUGUGAGUAUACUAUGAAGUCUCUUAUUUGUGAAUGACUUUAAAAAUACCUGUGUUUGGCAUUUUUAAAAGCUGUUACUAUAUGGUAAAGUAGUUUGCAGUUUAUUUUACUGAACUACACAUGCUUUUAUGAUUAGAUAAACUAUAAAAUUGUGUUUUCUAAAAGCCCUGGAUGUUUGGUUGCAGCCUUUGUAAAGAUCCUGUCACGGCCUGUCUGCUUUGCGCUAUGAGGUUGAUCAUCUGGUUUAUUUUAGCUCUGAUAACUGGUUCCAACAGUAGUGACCUAAAAGAUAUUGUGAAAGUUUUAUCCCAGUCAGUUCAGCUCCUUUGCUUAAUGAGUCUUUGAAUGUUGUUAAAAUAACAGCAUACAUGUAAUGAAACUGUUUUUGGAAAAGAACAACUGAAAGAUGUGUAAAUAGUUUGGCUUUUGUUUGUUUGAAGAACAAAAUAAAUACUAAAUAAAUAGCAUUUAGCAGUGACUUGA